GCUCCUUUAUUUUUAGUAGCCUUUGAAUUUUUUUUCUAACCAAAGUCACUUGUUUGAAAGAGUCAAUUUUAGAAUUUCCGAGUUCUUUUUACACUAACAAGCAAUGUCUUUAGCUGAAGUGGAAGAUAUUUUAAAACGAAUUCAGAACUACGAAGGAGUGGUGGGUUAUAUUAUCGUAAAUUCUGAAGGAAUACCUGUACGAACUACAAUUGAUAACACAACUUCAGUACAUUACGCAGGAUUAGUAUGUGCUUUAUCAUUGAGAGCUCGAAACACCGUACGAGAAUUGGAUAAAAGUGACGAAUUAAAACUGAUAAGACUUAGAUCAAAAACGCAUGAAGUAAUGAUUGCUCCCGAUAAAGAACUAAUUCUUAUAGUAGUUCAAAACCCCGUUGAUUAAUUUUGUACCAUCAAUAUUAAUUUACUUACAGAUUUAUUGUUAUAAUUAUUUGUGCUUUAUUAAUUGAAAAUAUAUUUAAAAAACAUCCUUAAGCUUUAACUACAAGCAAUCAUGAAACUAUUAUUUGUU